CCAUGUUCUCGUUGGCCCUGAAAUGCCUUAUAAGUUUAUCCUCCAUUAUUCUGCUCGGACUAAUCAUCGCGUAUCACGCCAGGGAGGUGCAGCUAUUCAUCAUCGACAAUGGAGCGGAUGACUGGCGGAUCGCGAUGACUUACGAGCGGAUAUUUUACAUCAGCCUGGAGCUGGUCAUUUGUGCCAUACACCCCAUUCCCGGGGAGUACAAGUUUUUCUGGAAUGCCCGUCUGGCCUUUUCCUACACGCCGUCGCAGGCUGAGGCCGACGUGGACAUUAUCCUCUCCAUCCCCAUGUUUCUGAGGCUCUACCUGAUCGCCCGCGUCAUGCUCUUGCACAGUAAACUCUUUACGGACGCCUCCUCCCGCAGCAUCGGGGCGCUCAACAAGAUCAACUUCAACACCCGCUUCGUCAUGAAGACCCUAAUGACCAUCUGCCCUGGAACUGUGCUGCUGGUCUUCAGCAUAUCGCUGUGGAUUAUCGCUGCUUGGACCGUACGUGUCUGCGAGAGGUACCACGACCAGCAGGAUGUCACCAGCAACUUUCUGGGUGCCAUGUGGUUGAUCUCCAUCACGUUUCUCUCCAUUGGUUAUGGUGACAUGGUGCCAAACACCUACUGCGGGAAAGGCGUCUGUCUCCUAACCGGCAUUAUGGGUGCCGGCUGUACUGCCUUAGUGGUUGCCGUAGUCGCUCGGAAGCUGGAACUCACCAAAGCAGAAAAACACGUCCAUAACUUCAUGAUGGACACGCAGUUAACGAAACGGAUAAAGAAUGCAGCGGCGAAUGUCCUGCGAGAAACAUGGCUCAUUUACAAGCACACCAAACUACUAAAGAAGAUCGACCAUGCCAAAGUCCGCAAGCACCAGAGGAAGUUUCUGCAAGCCAUUCAUCAGUUACGGAGUGUAAAGAUGGAACAAAGGAAAUUGACUGACCAAGCCAACACUUUGGUUGAUCUCUCAAAGAUGCAAAGUGUGAUGUACGACCUCAUAACGGAGCUGAAUGACCGCAGCGAGGAUUUAGAGAAGCAGAUUGGCAGUCUGGAGACCAAGCUGGACCAGAUCACUUCCACCUUCAACACUCUUCCUGUCCUUAUUGUGGAUGCCCUCCGACAACAGCAGCAGCAACUGCUCUCUGUGAUCCUGGAAUCUCGGGGACUGGGGGUAGCAGUGGGAACGCCACAGACCCCCAUGUCUGACAGCCCUAUGGGGAUAAGUUCGGCGUCUUUUCCGACGCCACACACCAGCUCCAGCAGCUGCUGAGUGGGCAGAAGAAAGAACUGGCUUGGGAAUGGUAGACCCCAAAACUUAUAUUUGCCGUCGGUAGGAAUAUUUAGGAGAGGAUCAGGGACUGCUGGCUUCCUAAAACAUCAUGUAAUCUCAGCUAACAUGGGGUAGCCUUUAACAUAGGAAAGCAGCUUGCCCUUGUGAUGGGCUACAAGUCAAGGAGCAGAACGCCUGCUAGAAGUUGGGAUACAGUAUGGUGCAUCCACUCAUUCACUGCCAAGUGACCUGCGAUGCUUAGCGGAGACGACAAGGGUUAUCAACCCUACUUCCUCCAGUUGACACAUUCUGUGAUCUUCCUGAUGACGCCCCUGUUCCAUUCUAUUACUGCCCUCCAA